AUGGUCUUAUUAGUAUUAACUGAACGUAUUCGAAAAGCGGUCUUUGUCGCGAUGGAAUCUCCGGAAUUUGAUAGCGCAGCAAAAGCAAGACUCAAGUCGUAUAUCAAAGGAAGCUCAUGUCUUCCACUUGACUUGGUCAAAGAAGUUUCAAAGUUUUUGGUUAGUCGCGAUGGGAAACUUGGUCGUGAGAUUGGUCUAUCAAACUUCUGGUUACAUGAAUUACUCACAGGCAGCGGAGUCUACGUUGAGCAACACAAAGAAAAACCCAAGAACCCGAAACUGAUUGCGCGUCUCGAGGAAAUUCUUGCCGAACAGGCAAACAAAGAAUACGCUCGUAUGAUUGGUCGUGUUGCAUCGUCUUAUGACAUGGAGACCUUCAAGAUUUUGGACACGGAAGAGUUUUCGUCGAUUCGUGGUCAACUUACCGCCAUUGUUAAUAUCACGUUUACCGUUGUGGCGGUGUUCGCUGCUGUGUAUCAUGUCUCUCAUACCAUCACCGGAGACACAGGAAUGCGCAUAUUACUUGCAGGCUUCGGUGGUCUACUUACAAAGACAAAACAACGAAAACCUGGUGCUCGACGAGCAACUUAUUGCUCAACCACCACUCACAUAAACAACAAGGCUGCUGGUGCAAACGCAACGCUUGCUAGUCGUAUUAGUCAUAUUCCUCAUAGUUAUCAUCAUAUUUCUCACGUUCAUGUCGACAAACCUUCGACUACUAAUAAUAAUAUUCGCCGAACACACACACAUGCACCAAGAGCAAAAUCGCUAUAA